CGACUCGCCACUUUGCUAUAACCACCACGAUGAAUCGGGAAUUCCAAGCUUGAAAAAUUGAAAGUAAAGAACGGAGGAUUGGUUGCUCUCUUUUCCGGUUUGAAUGGACAAGGACAAAUACUGUACUGCAAUUGGUUGAUCUCGGCCUUCGUUGGUCCAAAAAUAGCUACAGAGAAAUUAUUUUUAGCUGCACAGUGCUUCACUUGCACGAUACACAGAUUGAACAGUCUGGGUACCGACGCCAUUUUUUGAUUGUGCCGUAAGGAAACAGAUAGAUCUAUCUCAGUGUUUGGGAAUACACAUCAAUGGAUGAAGCAAACGAAAAAUUUAAGGCCGAAUUCACUGCAUUUGUUCAUGAUUAUUGUGGAGGAUCUCAUAACAGCUAUACUCUUGACCUUAAGAAAAGAGACAGAGUGUUAAAAUGUUUGAGAGACGCGAAAGAAGAGCCAAGCGCGAGAUUCCGGUUUUGGGUGCGUGCAAAGGGCUUUCGAAUCGUCCAGUCUGCGGAUGGGGACGACAUCCUCGCUGUUCCACCAAAAGGAAACGACCCAAGUGAUAUGUUAUUCAAGCGAGUUGCGACUAUUGAAGAGUUUUUUGACAUUGUUUAUGCAGCACACUCAGAAAAUGGCCAUGUGGGGCAGGCACAGACUUUCAGAGCGAUUCGUGCCAUGUACGCAUUAGUCCCCCGCAUCGUUGUCAUCAAGUUCAUUGAGAUGUGCCCACAGUGCUCCAAAAGUCAACACAACAAGCGGUUUGCGUCCCAAAGUGGCAGCAACAUCAUCAGCGCAGAUAAACUGGCGGGUUCCUUUGCUGUUCAAAAACGUGAGCCUGAAGUUGAGGAAGGAGGUUUUGAAGAAGCUGUUGAUAAUGAUGUUACGAAUAAUCAACAAGAAGUGACUAAUGCCUUGCAAGAAAUACUCUCUGCCAAAAUUGCGAGCGGUGAGAUGGAUGGAGUUGUUCAAAUUGAAAGUACGGACCCGUCAUUGGACACGCCUGCCACAGUAUUUUCAUGCCACCUCUGCACUGAGCAAUUUCCCAAGCGGAAAGCUUUGCAACAGCAUAUUCAGAGUCAUCAAGAUUUUCGGCCUGCUGUGCCACUCCAGAGAGGAGCAGGAUUCGGUGGUUCUGCUUCGAAGAGAAGAAAACUGAACAUUGGCUUCAGCUCUCCUUACUCUGGGAAGCCUAGGAAGAGUACCAUGGCGAGACGUCGGAUGAUCCUAGAUGUCGACUCUAGCAUAACUGCCGCCCAGGCCAUAAUGUUGGCAGCCUCGCGGCCAGACAUCGAGCUGAUGGCCAUCAACUGUGUGGCAGGAAGGGUCAGUGUUCUCAACGCGUGUGAAAAUGCCCUCAGGGUACUCAAAGCCUGCGGGAGAGAGGAUAUCCAUGUGUGUCGAGGUGCGGAGAAGUCUUUGCUUGGCCACCUGAGUAGAGAAGGAAAUCUUCCUGGUGCAGCCUGGUCCCAGAAGGUUGAUGGUCAAAUCCAAGCGGAGCACUCUGUGUCCUCGCUGAUCCGAUGUAUAAAUGAAAAUCCAGGAGAAAUUACCCUUGUGUGCCUGGGCCCUCUCACUAACUUAGCCCUGGCCCUUAGGCUGGACCCUCUAGUGGCCGACCACCUCAAGGAUGUUUAUAUUGUUGGAGGAAAUGUUGAAGGUCAAGGAGAUCUGUCCAGCUGUGCAGAGCAAAACUUCCUGCAUGAUCCAGAGGCCGCCCACAUAGUCCUGCAAGAGAUUAAAAAUGCUCAUAUAUUGCCUUAUGAGGUCAGCGAAAGACACAAGAUACCUUUUGAUCACUUUGUGGCGUGUCUGAACGCAGGCACGGAGAAAUCUGUGUUCCUUAUAGACUCCAUGACGCAGGAGGAGCUACAGCAUAGGACAAAUGGAGUUGUCUCCCCAGAUGUGUUUGCGGUUGCUAUGGUGAUCGAUCCCACCAUCGUGCUGGAGAAAGAGAAAGUUUUCGUGACUGUUGAGCUUAAGGGAGAGUACUCCAGGGGCCUGAUGGUUGUGGACAGGAGAGGCUUCAUGGGAAAGCCGCACAACGCGUUUGUCGUGAAAAAUAUGGACCUUAGCAAAACACAAGCCUUAUUCGGAGUAGUGUUCAGCGGGCAGGAUGUGAAUGAUGGCUGCUUGCCUGUCACGACUGUAGCCCCUACAAGGGAACAUUCCGUGCCAAUACUUUACAGAGAAGUUCGACUACCAGUUGUGUAAUGUUUGUGUGUACAGUUUUCUUGGUGGUUUAUUCUUGGUGAUGCUGGUUGCCGUCAUGAAUACAGCUGUUCUCCGAAAGUUUUCUGGUUGAUGUUUAAGAUUUUCGCUCCCUGCUGCUUGAACUGCUCUAAGAAAGUUUGAGGAUGUCAAUGCAAUAGUAGGUUUUUUGCUUUCAUAUUGUUCAAAUUGCAUUUUCAACUUGUUUUUUUAAUUUAGUUUCAUUACAAAUCUUACAGCACUUGCAAGACAAUUAAGUCAUUCCUCCUAAGUGCCAAAGAAAAGAGGUGUUACAAGAAAGUACC